AUGAAGUCGGUCAUCUUCAGCCGCUUCUUCAUCCUCCUGCCGUGGGUCCUCAUCGUCAUCAUCAUGAUCGACAUCGACACCAAACGGACUUUCCGCUCUCCAGUCUCUGCACGCCAAAGAUCCCAGCGCACGACCGCCGCCAACCUCUCGGCGCUCCCCGUCAUCUACGCCAUCACGCCCACGUACAACCGGCCGGUGCAGAAGGCCGAGCUGACGCGGCUGGGGCAGGUUUUCAGGCAGGUGCCGCGGUUGCACUGGAUCCUGGUGGAGGACUCUUCCACGCGCUCGGACUUGGUGAGCAGGUUCUUGGCGCGGUGCGGGGUGGCGGCCUACACGCACCUGAACAUCUUCACGCCGCGCAGGUUCAAACGGGCGGGAAUGCCGAGGGCCACGGAGCAGAGGAACGUGGCGCUAACGUGGCUACGGCAGCACCGGGGUCGGAAGGACGCGGGGGUCGUGUUCUUCGCCGACGACGACAACACGUACAGUCUGGAGCUGUUCGACGAGAUGCGCAGCACUAAAGGUGUGUCUGUGUGGCCUGUGGGCUUCGUGGGGGGCCGGGCCUAUGAGCGCCCCCUGGUGGUGGCAGGGAAGGUGGUGGGCUGGUACACAGGCUGGAGACCGGACCGGCCCUUCGCCACCGACAUGGCAGGUUUCGCGGUGAACCUGCAGGUGGUCUUCUCCAACCCUCGCGCUCAGUUCAAGCGCAGGGGGUCUCAGCCCGGGAUGCAGGAGUCCGACUUCCUGCGGCAGAUCACCAAAGUGUCGGAGCUGGAGCCCAAAGCCAACAACUGCACCAGGGUGUUAGUCUGGCACACGCGAACAGAGAAACCUCAUCUCGCCAACGAACCCAAGCACCGCAAGGACACGGUCUACAUCGAAGUUUGA